CAGAAGUCUCAUUCCAAAUGUGAUUUUCAGAAAGAUUGUAAAUUACAGGAUAUGAAAUUCCAAGUUUCAGAAAUUAACUAAUAUUAAGGGGAAUCGAUCAAGAAAUGCUUAUUUGAAUAUUGGGAAGUGUGAAAGUGCAACAUAAUGGUGAAGAUAAUAUUUUUGCAUCCUGAUUUGGGAAUUGGUGGAGCAGAGCGUCUCGUGUUAGAUGCCGCAUUGGCGUUUAAGAAAAAGGGCCACGAAGUUGCGUUCUACACGAAUCAUCAUGAUCCCACUCAUUGUUUUGCUGAGACUAGGGACGGCACAUUUCCAGUGACAGUAGUUGGUGAUUGGAUGCCGCGAUCUAUUCUUGGACGAUUCAAAGCUGCUUGUGCUUAUGCUCGUAUGGUAUACGCUGCUAUUUAUCUAGCUUGGUAUGUGAUUCCAGCAGAAGAGCCCACCUUAGUCUUUUGUGAUCUGAUAUCAUUAUGCAUUCCAUUUUUGAAAAUGGCUAAAGCGCCAUUUCGCAUAGUAUUUUACUGUCAUCAUCCUGACAAAUUGCUGUCUUCAGAAGGAGGGUUGUUAAAAAAAUUAUAUCGUGCUCCUCUAAACUGGUUGGAAGAAUUUACUACUGCUAGAGCAGAUAAGGUUUUGGUGAAUAGUAAAUACACAGCAAGAGUCUACCAAGAUGCAUUUCAGAAUAUAAAAGAUGUUCCUGACAUUUGUUACCCCUCUAUUAAUACCGAAUUUUUUAAAGCAACUCCUCCAAAACCUUUAAAAGAAGUUGUACCAGUUGGUACAGAUAAAUAUGUGUUUUUAUCUAUUAAUAGAUAUGAAAGAAAGAAAAAUCUUCAGUUAGCUUUGAGAGCAUUAGAAUUUCUGAAACAUAUUAUUGAGGAAGAAGACUGGCAUAAGGUACAUUUGAUUAUGGCAGGAGGAUUUGAUCCAAUAAAUUUAGAGAAUAUGGAGCAUUUCAUUGAAUUGACUGACUUGGCUACAGAGUUAGAUAUAGAAGAUAAAGUAACUUUCUUGAAAUCUCCGAAAGAUGACGAAAAGGUUUCCCUACUUUACAAUUGUAGAGCAUUGAUUUACACACCAUCAAAUGAACAUUUUGGUAUAGUACCCUUAGAAGCAAUGUAUUACAGCAAGCCUGUGAUUGCAGUCAACAGUGGAGGGCCUACAGAAACUGUUGUGAAUGAUAUAACUGGUUUCUUAUGUGAUCCAACAAGUGAAUCGUUUGCUAUUGCUAUGAAAAAAUUACUGAGUCAAGAAUUAUGUGACAAGUUAGGUAAUGCAGGCAGAAAACGAUUUGAGACAAAGUUUUCAUUUGAUGCAUUCACCGAGCAACUGGAUGGUAUACUCUCUAGGGAAAGGCAAAUAAUCUCAGAGGCUCGUGCUAUAGAGUAUGAACAGAGGAAGAAGAAAUAACAUUCUGCUGACACUCCUACAAUAUGCGAUAUUGUUUGAGUGUUAUACCAAAUACAAAAAUAUGAUAAAUGUAAAGAGCUGAAUGGACAUCUUCACUUUGAUUAGUUGAAUCUUACAUUAUUGAAUAAGCUUUAUUGUAUUUUACAAAAUAAUAUUCAGACAUGUAUAUUAUUAUGAGUAAUGAAGCCAUACAUUUAAACAAUGUCUUAUUUUUUGUUGUCAUUUUUGCAACACUAUUCUAACAAUAUAAACUUUGCAAGAUAAUAACACAACUGUUUGGUGAUAAUUUUGAAGUUCUGAGUGCAUAUGUAUUUAAAGUGAUAUUGUUUUUGCUAUUUUUUAUGUAUUUAGUCAUAAUAGUACUUAUUUGCAGAUCUCAAUUAAAUUUUCUAAUACAAUAUAGAUUUAUUUAGUAAUGCUAUAAUGGUUCUUAAACGGUGGCCUGUGGAC